AUGUCCAGAUUCGGCGACCAGGUUUUUUCAAAUUUGACCGCACUUGAGUCAAGACGCUUGGCUACCAGGGCGAAGGAUGGGGGUCAUGAACAGGGCGAGGCGAUGGAAUCCGUCAUGGAACCUGAGGAGAAAGGUAGACGAGCGGUUGGGCAAUGGACGGGCGAUAGUAGCGGCACACCCCGCCGGACGGGCAAGCCGGUCCCUGUACAAGCAACUAGACGGCGCCUGUCGCAGACGUUGGUAGAGGCGCCAUCUGCAGCCAUAAGUGCAAAUGAACGAGGUGGCGUGCGAAGACGCAACGGAGAGGGCGUCUCCGACGGCGGAACCGGCGGCGGAAAUGGCUGCGGGAUGUCAAGCGGGUGUCAAGUCCACAGUCGAGUGGCCAGAAGCAAUACGACGCCGCUCCAGGCCCAACCAGACGCUGGGCAGCGGGGACGUCGAUCUCCCCGGCAUCCUGGCAAAGCCUCCGUCCUUCCGUCUAUUGUGGGAACUGACUUACAUAAGCGGGUCGUAGCGUUGCUUCUUGCAGCUGAGCGCUAG